GUCGCGUUCCUCUUCUCAGGGCUCGUUUGUGUAUCGUAGGCAUCGUCGUCGUUGUUGUAGCAGUGGUGGUGCUGCCGCCACCGCUGGUUCCAAGGAAACGGCCCGUUGUCACUCUUUGACGUCGACUGUCAGCGACUGAUAGUAGAGCCAAAAUAACGACAGCGGUAGCGUUGAGGCCGCUACCGUUGCUGUUGUUCGAGCGACCGUAGCCGCGGUAGUUGUCGGCCUACCAGAACCGAGUGGAAUGGCUGAGGCAUUCGCGACUACUAGCGAUCUUCUGCUGUUGGCAGUGAAACCUGUUGACUCUGUUAGUGCCAUGGCUGUUGCUACUUCGGAGAGUAACGAAGGAUUGCGAAGAUUUUAGAAGCAUUCGCUAUAGAGUUAUGAGUGGUACAAGUCUAAAGAAGCAGUCGCCGCGUAGCAAACAGCAUGUCAAUGCUAAUCGCGAUCGACAACACAACAUUGUAGUCUACUGGAAUAUGAAGCAACAAGCAAUGCAUCUAUAAAAAUUGAUACUGUACUACUCCAUCUCUGUUUUGAUUCACUUGUGUUGAUUCGACCGCUCAUGUGAUUGUAGGUGUUGAUGCUUUCUACUACGAUUAUUACGAGUACUACUACCAAGAGAAGUAGUUCUAGCGGAUAGCGUGAGUGACAGAAAAGAAGAUCAAGGAUAUAACAGAGUAACGGUUGCGUAUUUGCUGCUAGUGCGUGAGCGGUUCUUGCUAUGAGUCGCCUGUGUGUCUGUGCACGAAACUGCAGGCGGCUUGAAUCACUAUAUGUUACUGGCGAGAGUAUCACGGUCUCAGUAUCGACCUAGGUCUCCGGCUAGGGAGCCUAUACGUAUGUCUUUUUUACGAUGAACGCUCAUUCAGUACGCACGCGUAUCGGACAAUCAGUCAGCUUACCACUACCUGCGCUGAACUAUAUGGGCGUAACAGUGUGAGAGACAAAGAAAGUGAACGGCAAGGUUGACGACUUAUCAAAAUUGUUUCAAUCUGCUGAAGCCACAUAUCUGUGGCGAGGCAGCGUCAAAACGAACAUAGAAAAAAACAUUGCCAUUAUGUCGACCUAUUGUCUUUUGUAAGUCACAAAAAGAGGACCGUCGACCCGCAGAGGGUUUGUCAUAAAGUGCAAUAAGAGAGUGGUCAAGAGUUACCUCUUCUGGAUCAGCAACUAGUGAAUGGCUUGUUUAUUACACCUUGAUGUGUCCGUGAACGUUGGCACAGCAUAACCUGCCGAUUGAACUUUCUAAAAAGUCACGACACUAUCCUGAUGAGAAUAUCUGGUUGAUUAGUAAAUCAACAGAGUUCAUACUAUUUGUGUUUUGACCAGAGGUCGUGAUAUUUUUCGGCACAUAAUAUUAGUAUACUAUGUGACAAUAUAAUUGAGGAAAAUAAUUCCUGUUCAUCCAGCCAAAUGGGUGAGACGACUGUACGUCGCAUUUAGCCAGAAUAACGCAGAAACCUAUGGCUCCUCCCUUAUCUCACUAAACUACCGAAGAAGCGAAAGCCAAAUUAGCAGAAGAAAAAAAAUCUCUCGCUAAACUCGUGGCCCAUACGCUGAAAUCAUAUAAUCGCAGGUCAUUAUCAGGUCCGACGACUGUUUAACAUCCAGAUUCUAAUAACUCAACAAAAGCAGGGACGGCGCGAAAACAGCAGGACAAAGAAAAGACAACGUACGACCAACGAACCGCUGGUAAUAAUAUUACAUAUUGCGGCUGUAGUUGGUGCAAAAGAAAAAGAAGAAGACGAAUUGAUAACAGAAUGCACCGGAUUUUCCGGCGGGACUGACUCAAACGAUCUGGCCGGUAGGCUGGUUUACAGAAAGCUACAGCUGAGUGUCGUGAAUUGGACAAUGCGCCGAGCCUGAACCGAAACGCACCAUGACAGAAAUUAGCUGUCAGAGAGUUAUCGGCCAUCGUAAUAAAAGCAUUAGCAUUAUUACUAAUAGUCGUUGCAGUACGACCAGCUGCAACAACUUUGUCAUUUAUGUGCUAGUCAACCGUUAAUAGGAACGUCGUACGAAACUAUCGCGCGUAUAUGAAGCGAAUUGAGAUUUGGGCCGACGAUCGCUCUCCCUGAUACUUGUAACUGUUGUUACGGUUAGUUUCGUUAACCAUACACGUUUUAAUGAGAUAGAAAAUUCAAGCUAAGCUGAAUUACGUGUACUGGCGGUGGCUAUGACGAGCGCUUGUUUGACCUGAUGACGUGAGAGAAUCCCUGUGUCUAAGUGAAGUACAGCUAUAUUGUUUUUGUUGGAAGCCGGAAAUGUGAAUGAUGCUAGAUAAUUCGGGUAGUGAAAUAAUGAGCACCAAUGAAGGCGCCGGAGUCGGUGUAACGCGCCGGUGGUGUCCUAGAGGAAGUUUAUCCGUCUGUAUACUUGUUUUACUGUCGUUCCUUUCAGUGGAAGGGCAGUUUCGGCCAGAUUACACAGCCUACGGGCGGCCGCGAAUACUUGAUGGCCGUAUGCCAUAUGAGAAUCGCUUUCCAGGAAUUGAUCUUGAGAAACGAAUCAAAGAGGAUGGUGACUCCCGUUGUAGCGUAUUCCAGUAUGAGCAUUUGCCUCUCACAAAGAGUGUUGUAACUGACUUUGGAACGUAUGAAGGCAAGGUUGUUUACAUGUGCGAUACCCCGUCAACAAAACGAGAUGAUCGACCGGCUCAUCAGGGUGGACAAGAACUUCCGAAAAGAGAUUAUCCAACUUCGGCGAUUGUCUAUUUAGGAAUUCCUUAUGCUGAACCACCUCUCGGAUCUUAUCGACUCAGAGACCCUCAGCCUAUCCAGUUUCGUGGUAACGUUGAAGCGAAAAAGUUUCGGGCAUCUUGUCUGCAACAUACGAAUUUCACCGGUUCGAUGAAAGGCAUAAGUCAUAUCAGCGAAGAUUGCCUCUAUCUCAAUAUUUAUACGCCUAAUGAUGAAGUGAACAGUGGGCAGCGGUCCGCGGUCAUGGUGUAUCUGCAUGAUGGAGAGUUCAGUCACGGAUCCGGCAAUCUGUUCCCAGGACACAUGCUAGCCGCAUCUCAGAGAGUUAUCGUUGUGACACUCAAUUACCGACUUGGCGCCCUCGGUUUUCUAUCAACCGGAGAUAAUUCAUCAGCUGGGAACUAUGGUCUAAUGGAUCAACGGGCAGCGAUUCAUUGGGUUUACCACAAUAUCGAUAGGUUUGGAGGUGAUCAAGAACGAAUCACCCUCUUUGGACCUGGCGCCGGAGCGGCAGCUGCUGGAAUUCAUCUCAUGCAACAGAUUUAUGGAGAAGACCUGCACAUCAAACGCGUGAUUGCAAUGUCUGGAAGUGCAACCGCCGACUGGGCCUCAAUUGAUGAUGCGAUUUUUGUGCGAAAUAUCUCCCGUCUUUAUGGCGAGCAAAUAGGAUGCUGGGCUAUGGAUAGCUGGAAGCUCGUUGAGUGUCUGAAGCGAAAAAGCAAUAAUAGUGUUGAAUUCACUUUGACAACAGUGAAACCCGAACGGGGUUGGCUCCCUUGGGGACCAGUGCUCGAUCGAAAUACACGAUUCAAGUCCCCCGUAAUGCCAUACACCCCACUCGCUUAUCUUGAGCAUAAGAUGCCCCUGCCUGGUCGUAUCGAAAAAAUUGCCUACAUGACCGGCGUAAGUAGGAAUGAUGCUUCAUUUAUAGCAAAGGAAGACCAAGAGCUUCGCAACAUCGGUUACCAAAUGACCUGGGAUACAUUUGACUCAAAGAUUCGGGCCUAUGCGAAAACUUACAACUAUACAAUUAACGAAGAUGCGAUCAUUGACGCAAUUCGCUUCAUGUAUACGCCCUGGAUGCAGCCAGACAAUUCAUCUCUUCUUAUCGAAGAAUACGUGAAUAUGUUCUCAGACGCCUUGUACGCAGCGCCUAUGGAUAGGAUGGUGAAACUGCUAUUGGAAAUCAACGUGCCAGUGUACCAGUACGUGAUGAACUAUUCCUUAACUUCGGCCUACUUCCUCAAGUCGCAACGCGAAUGGGACCGUGUACCGCACGACCUUGAGUCAAUCCUCGUUUCAGGGGCACCUUUCAUGGAUCCUAAGUUUUACCCUACCGACUACAACUUCGAGUCAGUGACCUGGAGCGACGGAGAUCGAAACAUGAGCCAGUUGCUUAUGGAAGCCUGGGCUAAUUUUGCUAAGGAAGGCACUCCGACACCGAAUGCUCUUUUCGGCGUCAUUGACUGGAAACCUAUGCUUAAAGCUAUGGCGGGACUAUUUUUGUUUCUCGCGUGUGUCGGCUUCUGCUGUUACUGCCGCGCAUCCAGGUACGAUGAUGACUUUUACUAAAUGAAAAGCCGAACACAAACAAAAAGCACAAUGUUAAUGUUGAUACUCAAAAAAUGAUGAGGUUCUCGUUGAUGCCGAAUGUCGCAUCGACGUUUGAGACUGGUGAAAUCUGCCAGCGAGGGCUUGCAGAUUCCAAACCCAACAUACGGCAGUUUCUGGGAAAGACUUACGUAUGAAUGCGUUUGGCAUUGGUGGUCAGCUCUCAUACUGAGUCUUUUAUUGUAUAUAAGUAUGUCUGUAAAUGAUAAUGGAAACGUUUAGAGUAUUUUCUUGCUCGAAAGCGGCGAUUUAAAACGAUUUACUCAUUGAUUCGAAAUUGUGCUUAUAUAUAUUAAAUUUACCAAUAAGUACAUACAUUCUACAAAAUCUCAUAGAGCCAUUACUUUUAGUAGGUAGUCGCCCGUAUGCUGAACUUACUAAAAUCUGGAUUAUAUAUUACAGAUUCAAGGAACCUGACAAUUUGCCGCAUUACCGAAUAUGAUACAAUGUUUUUGCUUAUCUUUGAAAAAAGAUGUUGGGGCUGCACGCUUUUUUCAAUCAUUAUUUUGUUGACAGACUGGCCUGUUUGGCAUUUGUAAUACGAUAGUGCUUUUUAGGUAUAAUUUAUCGGUACAGGCCGACAGACAAAGGAUACUUAGUCUUACGAAAUCCACAGUAGAAUACCAAGGCAAGAGAAUCAUCCUCUACUCGGAACGGUGGGUAGCGUGAUAUCUGGACUUCGGUAGCACAAAACGCGUAAAUUCUUCGCUUGGAAAGGCGCUUCCAGUUUUGAUCGCGACAUUUGGCUCCGUUUGAGCUGGAUGACGGGUUAUCGCACGUCGGCUCUAGCGGAACGUGUGAUCAUUUUCCAAGGCUUGGCGACUUCUGCAAUAGGCGUGAUCUUGCGCGCAUAACAUGGAAUGGCUAGAAUGCGUGUGAUUUAAUGACACUUUAAGAGUUAAAUGAAAACCCUGACUGAAAGAUGGUUUACAUAUGAUUUAGCGAAAUUUUAUUUACUUCAUAUCAUUUUGUAAAUACGUACGUUGGCGUGUUAAUGGAUAAAUAGAAUAGAAGCUAAUUGCGAGUUAAUAUCGGAUGCUAAGGUUUCUGUUUACAGGCACAACCAACCUUUCUUUCAGUCUUUUUUAUUUUAUUUUGUCACGGCAUUACUUGUAAACGUUUUUCAUCAUCAUAGUACACAUUGUAAGUGUCCUUCAACGUAGAUCGGCCAUAAAGUACUCGCUAUUCGGAUUUGUUUUGUACUUUCAGACGCUUGACUAUUCUCAAAACAAGAUUCUAGAAUACAGUAAAUGAAUCAGCCUUGCUCGCUUGUGAUUUUUAUACAACAAAGCGUUAUUAAAGAAAAGCUAGAAUUAUUUAUAAAUAUAUAAAUAUGACAUCACGUAUUUAUUAAAACCCAUCGCGCAAAGAUCUGAACCUCUUCUAUUUCGCAUUCAAAAGCAGUGACGGCUCGGGCGCCUUGAUCGGUAGAAGGGGUAUCUGCGUGAUACGAGUGCGUAAAGUGUAGAAGAGAUCACUGUGCUCUAAAUUGUUGCAGCAAUGCUGGCCAUUGACGUUCUCUAGAGAACAAAAAAAAAAAAAAAAGAGCGACCGUUACUGUAUUUAUCUUGCCUGUGGACUUUCUCAGUGGUGUCCAAAAUAGCUACGUAAAAGGAUUAGCUUAAUCCGUUUACAUUCUAUUAUAAUUUUAUCCGCUACUCAAAUAACGGAAGUGCUCCCAAGAUGUUGCUGUCAGAUGUCCUUGGGUGGUUGUUUGUUUACUAGGGUGUUUAGCCUCAUUAUUCGGCCGUUGCAGACGUUCAUGUGUUACGUGGUCGCACUUUUUCAGAUAUUUGCAUGAUUCGAUCGACGAGACUGAUUAUGACAAGGCUUCAUCACU